AUGCGCACAUCACAAGCUAUCAAGGUGGCUGCCAUCGCGGCACCCGCCGUGCUUCUCGCCGCUGCCACGGCCCAGGCCGCCUCGGACUCGUGCAUCAGUCUCCAGGGCAGUUCCAUGUGCCCCUCGUUCCAGACCAACUUCAUCAAGCCCAGCAACCUGUCGAGCGAGUUCAGCUUUUUCAACACGGUCACCGACGUGACCUCCUUUGACAGCCUCUUCCAGCACUACCUCACUUCUCAAAAUGGCUACUACUCGGACAAGAUCCAGGACGGUCUUGGAUGCAACACCACCCUUGCACAGAACGUCACACUUCAAUGGCAGCAGACCGUCUUCUGUUCGCAAUUCUCGCAGGCCUCGUACGAGUCUGGAUGCACUUCUGAAACAACACCCACCCUCGUCUGCCAGGAGACGUGCAACCAGUUUGCAUCCUCCGAGGAGGACGUGGUGGACAACACGGCCUACUGCCGGUCCACCAAUGAGCUCAACACUUUCCAGCGCAGUGUUCGAUCCGACACGCUCUCCAAUGACUACUUUACCUGCACCGACUACAGCUCCCUCGCCACCACCAACGUCAACUCGUGCGUCACCGGUAUCGAGAACGAAGGAAGCUGUGGCUUUGGCUACUCGACCGACCAGCUCUGUGCCUUUUGCGAUCCCUCGGGCGGUGUCACUCCCCCUCCCUGCUGCUACGAAUCGCGUACCGACCUCUCGCAGUGCUCGCAGUGGGGCCACCCUCUCGCUGCCACUAUCCGCCCUACCACCACCGUCGCCACCAACGUGCCCGGAGCCGCUCAGAGCACCGCUGGUACUGCCUCGGGCUCGGCUGCUGCCAACUCAGCCACCGUCACUGGCGCUGCUACUGGCACUGCUUCGGGCUCCAAGAGCGGUGCAGCCGCUUCUUCCACCUCGAGCAACAAGAACGGCGGCGUUUCGGGCGCCAACAUGGCUCCGGAUGGCCAACAGCUCGUCAGCUCGGACGACAGGGUGUUUAGUAAGGGUCAGCUUGCAGGUAUCAUUGCCGGCUGCUGUGUGGGUGCUGCGUUGCUCGGUGCGCUCAUUGCUCUGCUCUGCCUGCGCAGGCGAGGCGAGAAGGGCGACACGGAGAAGAACACGGUCUACGGCGGCGCUGCCAACGAGAGCCACGUCGAGCGCCCCUGGAUGCAGAGCGAGGAGGCCAUGGUCAAGUCGCCCGAGCUCGGUCGUCCUUCGACGGAUGCCAAGUUUGCCGGUGCUGCGGGUGUCGGUGCUCUCGCUGGCGCAGGAGGCGCAGCUGCUGUAGGCGCUGCUGCGGGCAAGGGUCGCGACUCGGUCGACGAGCGUCCCAACAGCGCGAUGAGCGGCGAAACGGGCACCGAUGGACGCGGUACUACGAUCCCUGCCGUAAAGGACCAGUACUCGUCGCACGACAUCUGCCCAGGAGAAACGGUCGUCGCCAUCUACCCGUACAACGCCACGCUCAACGACGAGAUCACGCUCCAGCCCGACGAUGUGGUGACUGUUCAGCGUCUGUACGACGACGGAUGGGCGCUGGGUCGUACCGAGUCUGGCGGCGAGGGUGCCUUCCCGUUGGUCUGCGUCACUUCGACAAAAGGCGGUACUUCUGGCUCGGGUGAGAACCUGAGUGGGGGGAUGACCAGCGGUAAUGAUGGAAACGUCACUUCGUCAGCAGACGGUGCCGUAACCGCUGAGGAGGGUCCUUAG